AUGACCUCGAAUUCGAAUUUCGCCCAAGUUCUCUCAGAUCUUCGAUCGCCAGUGACGUUUGAGAUGGUUCUGGAAGUGGGUAAAGUGAUUUGUGCUCAAAGUCUCACACCCAAGUCAAAGCAAUUGGGCCGCCACUCGCUGUUGGGCCCAAAACAAAAUUGUCUCAAGGCAGCCCUUUCUUGUCCCAUCGCGAGCCACUGGUCACCCAUUAGAGAGGGGAAGUCGUCGGUAGUCAUCGAGCAGCCGCCAUCGCCAUCGGAGAGGCCGCCCCUGUUCGAUUUUUCCUUUUUACCGCAGCCGUGCGUGGCUAGCAGCAAGCCCCGUUCUCAGCCAGACGACCUUUGA